CCGGGCGUGUUUAGUCUUUGAGUAUGUGUUAUCCUGUCGGGUUCCUGUACACGCCUGCACGGCUCGGCUUGAUUCGGCACAGCGCCGGGAGGAGCGUCACAGAUAGGCGGGGAGAGCAAGGGACGGCGAACCGCAUCGACGCCGCCGCUGCGCACUUAACAAACCGUGUGUCAAUAGACGAGUGCCCGAGGUUCCCCUCCUCCGGCUUGGUUGGAUUAACGGAGGCUUCGGCUGCAGCUGAAAGGAGGGAGACCGGAAUGUGGACAGGCGCUGCAGCGGGAAGGUCAAGAGCGGAGGAUUGAAUCACUAGAAGCAGCGAGGCUCAGGGACCUAGUCCGGACACGGGGCCCCGCCCGGCCGCAGCUUCCCCGGGGCACUGGAGCUCAUUGAUCGUCACAGCUGUGAAAGAUACCAAACAGGGAGAUGAGGAAGACCCAUCUGAUGACGAGUGAAUGAAAGGAGGACACACUUAGGAGGAGUGAGAAGCAGAGGAGGAAAGAAAUAUAUCCAGCAGAGGAGAACAAAAGGAGAGAGAAGUAGCAGUUGAAGGAGGGAGGGAAAGAUGUGAGGAGCUCUGUCAGAGAGGAGAGACGGAGGUGAGACAGAAACAGGAAGCACUACUCACAGAUAUUAAACAGACAGACUUGACUGAAAGUGAAAGAGAAGACAAAGAAGCUGGACGGAAAAACUAGGGACUGGUGGAGGGAGGAAAUAAACAUCUGGAUGGUCUCCACAGCAACGGCCAGCAGGUUACCCCCCCCCCGAAGAUGGCCUCCAACUUCAGCGACAUUGUCAAACAAGGCUACGUACGCAUGCGCAGCCGCAAGCUGGGGAUCUAUCGACGUUGCUGGCUGGUGUUUAAGAAGUCGUCCAGUAAAGGACCUCGUCGUCUGGAGAAAUACCCUGAUGAGAAGUCUGCCUACAUCAGAACCUGUCCUAAGGUGACAGAAAUUAGCAACGUCAAGAAUGUCACACGGUUGCCUCGGGAUACCAAGCGACAGGCUGUGGCCAUUGUGUUUACAGAUGAUACCUCACGCACCUUCACCUGUGAAUCAGAGCUGGAGGCUGAAGACUGGUUCAAGACACUGUCUAUUGAGUGUCUGGGCAUGCGACUCAAUGACAUCAGUAUGGGAGAGCCUGACCUGCUGGCUGCCGGGGUCCAGUGUGAACACACAGAGCGCUUCAGCGUGUUCCUCCUCCCCUGUCCCAACCUAGACAUCUACGGCGAGUGCAUGAUGCAGAUCACCCACGAGAACAUUUACCUGUGGGACAUUCACAACCCUCGCACAAAGCUGGUCACCUGGCCGCUAUGCUCCCUGCGGCGCUACGGACGCGAUGCCACCCGCUUCACCUUUGAGGCUGGACGGAUGUGUGACAGUGGUGAAGGCCUCUACACCUUCCAGACCAGAGAAGGAGAACAGAUUUACCAGAGGGUUCACUCCUCCACACUGGCCAUCGCUGAGCAACACAAGAAGGUCUUGCUGGAGAUGGAGAAAAAUAGCAGGCUUAUGUCUAAGGGUUCAGAGUCCAGCUCCUACCCCUGCACGCCCACUGCCAUCCUGCCCCGGUCUGCCUACUGGCACCACAUCACUGCAAACCAGACCGGCAUGGAUCCUGGCACCGCCGACACUUCAGAAGACGACCUGCUGUCGACCCGCCUGCCUCCAGACCGCCAUGACAUGCUGCCCCUGGCAAACACUCAUGCACAGUCCCAGCCCUACAUACACACACACUCCGCGACACACUACCCCACCUACCCUGGACAGUGACACACACAUACAGAACAGGAUGUAAACACUGAAAAACAUACGCACACACAGAUAGCCACAUGCAUGCAGGCACACAUGAUUCACACACACUGAGAGAAACACACACUGUCCCUUCUUGUAUUUAUUUUCCAGCCCAGCAUUACACCUCACAGGAUAUGUCGUUGGCCAGACCAACACAGGCCCAUAGACCAUCUUGAAUGCAGAAAGCAGAAUCCUGCAGAAGACUGUAAGGAGACUUGGCUUCCCUCCAUGGCUGCAGCUCCCACACUUCCACAGCAGACACAGAUAUUUGACCUUUUCCCACUCUCAGACAGAUUGGCAGAUGUUGCCUACUGAUUAAAGUAAGGUCUGUAUGCUUUGAACCACUGAGGCUAUAUUGCAUGUUGACUGACUAUAUCUAAAGUCAGACGUGUUUCUACCUGUUCUGAAUGGCCUCUCCCGAAGGUGAGGUUUUUUUUACUGAAUUUAUGCAACAAGUUUUCGUUGAAGUUAUGUUUCAAAUAAUAAUUGUCUGGCAGCAUGAGAUACAACUGAUGUCACAACAAACAACACAGUGUUCACUUUUCCAGCUAUAGCUGGUCAGUCACUAAGACAACUCAAUAUGUUUUCAACCUGAAUAGUGUCAAAACUAAAACUGAGAUACAGAGUUAUUAUAGUUCAAACUGGACUGGCUGGGCAGCUCUCUGUUAUGUGAAGUCACAGGCAAUUGAUAUGAAAGAUAUGAAAAUAUAUGUCGGUGUAGUUUAAAAAAAUUUACACAAUCAGACCAACAAGUCAACACUUCAAUUUGGCUGGUUUAUUCAUGCACAAAGGACAGAUCUGGUGCAGGGUACACCAAGUCUCUCCUUGAUUGAUAAAACUUGAACUGCUUAUAUAGCAUCGAGACCUUUACCUCUACGUUUCACUUUAUUACUUCCACCCUCCUAAAAGGGGGUGCAUCACUAAAUCUCUGCUGGAUGUACUGUAGAGAAACCAACAAACAACGAUGUGUAACUAAGAUUUGUAAUGGAUCCUUUGACAUCCUGCUCACCCCAAAGUUCAGCAGUUUACCCAAGGUUCACAUUCUUAACAUCCUUAAACCAAAGUUGCCAACAUGCAAAAACAAAUACAACCUUACAGUAUGUAUGAAUAUAUAAUUUUUAAAACUGAUAACGCUUCAAGAUACGAGUCCAUAAAUUUCAAAUAGUUACCUGAUAAUUUUACGGGGAAGUUUGAUGGACAGAACGAACUUGGACCUUAUCAAAGAAACACUCCAUUUAAAUCCAAGUCAUUUUUAUGUCGACUUUAAAUUUGUAUGGUUGGUUUUCUCCUCCGUUUGGCCAUUCAGGACAGGUAUAAACAUUUGAGUAAUGUGUUGGAUGACACAUCAUAGACACUAGUUUGUUUGAAGCAUAUUAAGGCCUUUACGGACAAACAUAUCUGGUUACCUAGCAACCUGGCUAAAUGGUAAAUUCUAGUCUUACUGACCACUCAAAGCGCUUUACAAUGCUUGCCACAUUCACACAUCACAAUCACACACUGAUGGAACAGCCAUCAUGGGCAAGGUGGGGUUUUAUCUUGCUUAAGGACACUUCGACACACAGACUGGAGGAGCCAGGGAUCGAACCACUGACCUUCUAAUUAGAGGACAACCCGCUCUACCUCCUGAGCCACAGCCGCCCCCACCGGCUACAUUUGGUAAUUUUUUUAGGGCAGAAAGAUAUCACUUCGAUUUGUGCAUAAAAUAGGACUAUCAGUGCUGGGUCUGAUGGUCUGACUUGAGUUUCUUCAUGGCUGCCAGCGGAUUAACGUCUAUAACUGUGUUAAAUUAAACAUUGCUGUCCUAACUAGUUCUCAAUUCUGGGGGAGCAUCCUUUCGGGGGGGGGGGGGGGGGGGGCUGUCCUUCUUACACUUCAUAGACCAAGAAGGCUGAAUCUAAUGAGAUGGUCUGGCCUACUAAGGAUUUCCGCUUUGCAUCCCCAGCUGUCCCCACCCUCACCGUUGCAUCACAAAGCGCCGUGCUUGUCCCCUUGGAACUUUGACAAAAGAUUUUUCACUAAAACUUGAGGUUUUUGAGGCCGGUGGUUUUAACAGUGGUACCAUUAGCUGUUGAACUGAGCUUAAACCCAAUAUAACAUUUAACAGUGCAAUCUUCAGGCUCUGUCAGUGUUGUUUGCUGCCAUAUUAUUUUCAUUAAUGGCGCACGAUGAAUCUUGGGAUAGGUUGGACCACAAAGGAUCCACCCGUUGGAGCCUGAAGUGAGACAGUCUAGUUGCAUCCCUGUGAAGUACUCAGACUUCAGAUGCAGCCUCUGAAUUGGCUCCAUCUAAAGUCCUGCUACCUGAACCUAACCUUCAGUCCCAGCAGAGCAUCAUCUUAUGAGCCGAGUUGGCACUGUUUUGUUGCUCAAAAUUUGGGUCUUUUAUUUUCAAAUGAAAAUUUCUCUCUCUGACUGUUCCAGUUGUCUGAUUAUGUUUUAAGAAAAUUCACAAUUCCCAGCUGAUGCAUUAGCAUGGAAAAACUAAUGGUCGGUAGAGAAUGAAAUAAAGCAAAAAUUUAGCUGGGGUCUCAAACUUGGCAGUGCCAGUCAGGUUCAGUCUAAAAGACAUGGGUGAGGGCUGAGUUCUGGUCUCAGUUGUAGGCCCCAUGAUAGAACAGGAUUUUUUAGCAACAAUUCAGGUGAUUUCACUUUCAGUUUUACCUCCAAACAAUGUAGUAUAGAUCCUGGUUUGUUAACAACCCAUCUGAUCAUCUACUCAGGUUUAAUUUUGCUCUGUUGCUGUGUCUGACAUCUUAAUAAUUAUUUUACUGUGUGCUGUUGCAUUGCUUGCAUCUCUGAAGGUCAAAGUCUUCCCAUAAAGCAGCACUGAUCAACUCUGUGGAUCAUAAUCAGGGGACACUGAACCAGAUGUAUUUCUUACCCUCAUAUGAAAUGAUGUGAAUUUCUGAUACAUACCUGCCUACAUUUUCUUCUGGCACUGAAGCAUGAAUUCCUAAGGUAAUUAUUUCCAGUCUAAUCAUCGUAAACAUAAACUUCCCUCCCACCUGCCCAAGCUGUCUGUUUGACCAUUGAAGGAGGCUGUCAAGAGAGAAAGACCAAAAAGAAGAUUAUGUUGUCUUUAAUGAAGACUUUGCUAUAUACUGCCUUUGCCUUCUAUUGCACUUUGCUACUCAUCUCAUUGGCACUGUAGGGGUGGUGGUGGGAGGGGGAGAGGAAGGACAGGCUGCCAGAACCAUAGAGGCCGGAUCAUGUUUUUCUCUAUGGGCUCAUGGGAGAUCAUCCCUCCACUGAUGCCUUUUGAUUAUGUCAGAAGAGUUUAAGACUGUGGUGUGACUGUGGAGAUUUUAUCACAGCAGCUCUGGGAAAACAGCUCUGGGGAAACACAGACCUUUACAUCGCUAUAAAACGCCUCAUUAUAAAACGCCUCAUAUCUGGUCUGUAUCUAGGUCUAAUAUAGCUUGAUUAAUGCUGGAAUCUUUGUGCAACCUACAUUUCAUGUUUUAUGAUUUUACAUAAUUUGAACAUGACAGGGCUAAAGCAUUUUAUUGGUUGUUUACAUGAUGUACAUUAUGUAUUGUGUGUAAAUGUGUUUUUGGUGUACUUACAUACUGUAAAACCUGAGUUUGCUGACCUAAGAGAAUCUUGUACAUAUUGUUAUUUAUUUCAUAUGAAAUGUGUGUGUGUGUGGUUGUGUGUGUGUGUGUGUGUGGUGUGUGUGUGUGUGUGUGUGUGUGUGUGUGUGUGUGUGUGUGUGUGUGUGCAUGCAUGCGUGCGUGUGUGAAAGAGAGAUUAUUGGGAGUAUGUCUUCAUUUAAAAUGCAGAUACUCACCAUGUUUUUGUACCUUGUAAUGUGGAAGCAGAUGGUAGCCGGUCCACACGUCGUCCUCAUGGCUCUUUACACAUAAAUCUGCACCUGAGUGGACAACACAAACACAUUUACCAUUGUGUCUUCCGCACUGUCGCCUCACAGUUUGAAUCUUUUUGGCCUUAGAUUAAUCACAGUCUCGUCCUGUCCACAUGCCUGAAACAUAUGCUGCUCCUUGUUUUGGAAAGAAACUGUAAUCUGUGGUAGGAGAAAUCUUCAGAGGGGUGUUUAAUAAGGAAAACUGCAUUAAGGAGCAUUAACACCUGUUUACUUACCAGUCUCAUCAAGACUUUCAGUCAUCGUUGCAUCUACAGAAGAAGAGGUUAUAAUUCGUCCUCUGAACAGCUGCUUCUUCAGGGCAGACUGGAGGCUACAGUGACUCAGUAUUGGAAAGUGACAAGACAGGCCAGGGCUACCAGGUUAGCAUGCUUACUUCAUGACAAGAAAAUAAAUGGUAGAUAUAGAGGCAAAACAUGGUUGCUUACACUGCUGGUGAGUAAAGUAAUGAAGUUUGAUGCUGAACUCACAACCUUUCUUCUACGUAUACAGUAAACAGCUGCUAAUGCUAACAUUAGCUAUGUAGCAAUAGCAAAACUUACAAAUAGCUCCUUUAAUCCAAGAUAGUGCUAAUGAGAUCUGUUAAAUUUGGUUAAAGAACAGCUGGUGGACUACUUGAAAACACAGACCUGAAAAAUUGAGCACAGAUCACUACACUUUACACUAAACUGUGAUACUGUGUGAUAAAACUCUGAUGAAUCAGAUGGGGCACAAAAUAAGAUUAUUUGCAGUUUGUAAGAGCCAAGGUUCAAUUGGUUUGUAGAGGUGACAAUAACAGUCACAUGGUUGAAGUACUGAUGAAAUACUUUUAAACUGUUUGUCUUUUUAGGUCAGUAUUUCUGUCUUUCAUAUUUUUGAUUUAAAUGAGAGAAAAAGGUUAGCCUAUAGCUAACCAAGGGUCUAAGAACACAGGUGCUGUGUCAGUAUGCUAUCAGAUACACAUAGUUCACAUGCUGAUGUUUAGUAGUUAUUGAUUUCCAUUUUUAGUGUGUUAGCAUCCCAACAUUUUACCAGUAAAAUAAGUACAGCUGAGGCUGAUGGAAAUGUUGUUUGAUUUGCUGGCAUGUGAUUUGUUUAAUUAAAUUUUAAUACAAUCCCUACAAAGGUUUUAAGACUUUUCACUCUGAACCACUAACUCCACCCUCUUGGAGGCACCAGAGAGGAUCACCAACGUUAGUGUGAUACAUCAUCUGGAACUGAAUUUCUGUGCCAAUUAUCUAUUUCAUGUUAGGUCAUUUUAGUGAAUAAGUGAAACUCUGACCUGCUGGUUGUGCUACAUUAAAAAUCAGGGGACCACCAAUGUCAUUAGGCUUCUUCAUCUGGGGACCAUGACUGUUUCAUGGCAAUUCAUCAAAGAGUUGUUGAGAUGAAGUCUGAGUCAAGGAGCUACUGGUGAUGUUGCUUUAUUAAACUUUAUUAAACACCCCUCUGGUCAUACAAGUGCUACAGCAAAGUCUUAAGUGGAAGAGAUGAUUGAUGGAAACAGGAUGGAAAAUAACAGCACUGACUGAGGUUUGAAAGCACCACAGUUACACCAGUUACAAUGUGUUUUUGUGCUUGUAGUGUUAUCACAAUGACAGUGUCAGCUCUCACCGAUGGCUGUUUCCUCCCCUUAGCUUUGUAACUGAUGACGAAAUGUUGUUUUCCUCAUUUACACUGUCCACAUCCAGUGCAUGUUUUGGAGAAAAAUAAAGUCUACAACUUAAUUGUGUCUCAUUCUCCAUUGUGAUCUCAGUCUGUUGAAUGUGACUUUAUGAAUCCUGUUUUAUUUUUGAAAACUAUUGUUCAUGUAAAAGCUGUUUUACGCGGUUUACAGUAUUCUACAGUCUGAAUGUGCUUCACUAAAUGGAUGAGGGUAUGAAUGAAAGAUAUAUAUUUUCAUAGAUCAUCUACAUGUAUACAAUAGUACUGUGUAUUACAAUGCUGUAUUACUUGAAUUACAGUGACAAAUUUUCACUGUCAUCUCUUUGCUCCUGCCAGCACAUUGGAUUUGUGAUUAUGGAGUUAAGGUUGCAAUGAUGAAUAUCUUUACAGUAACCAUGGAUCAAAUGACUGUUUGUAUGUCGCUUUUAGUGAAGAAUCCACAGAAAAGGAUCCCCCAAUUAUGCGUUAUUAUCAGCUCCAUAGAGCCUUUUGGCGGGAACUACCACAGAGGCAGUCUUGAGUACUUUGGCAAGUAGGGUUGCCACCCGUCCCAUAAAAUACAGGAUCGUCACGUAUUUCAAAAUAAAUUGCAAUUUGUCCCGUAUUUUUAUUCAUGUUAUGUCCUUAAAGUGCUGUGUAUAAUGUAAUGUCAAGUAAAACCAAACCAGUGGUAGCCUACAAGUAGAUUGGUUUAUCAUUUAGCAAUAGACUGACAAGCUGGGUUGGUCACUUAUUUUUUCACAUAAAAGGUGGCAACCCUAUUGGCAGGUGUUUAUAUCUGUCCAUCUGGUGUGGAAAGAUUUUUGUCAUGGCAAUAGCGUCACUCCUAGGCCUACACUCAGAUUAUAGGAAAACACCCAACCGGCUUGUGUGAAUAUUGUCAGGCAGAGGAAACAUACAUGCAAUUACACAAUGUGAUAGGUAUGAGCCAGAGAGACAAGCUAUGAAGGAAGAGCUCAGGAGGCUGGAUGUUCAUGACAUUACAAAUCACACUUGAUGGAUUUACCUUAGGGGCAGAGCAGAAAAGUUUUCAGUGAAUUUCUUAGAUGGGGUUAUGGAAUAGAAUUUAAUCUCUGAUCCACACUCCGGAGCAGAGGGUGGCGGUAAUGCACGUAUUACGCUGGUUGCCAAGAAGAAGAAGAAGAAGAAGAAGAAGAAGAAGAAGAAGAAGAAGAAGAAGAAGAAGAAGAAGAAGAAGAAGAAGAAGAAGAAGAAGAAGAAGAAGAAGAAGAAGAAGAAGAACUACAACUACAACUACAACUACAGUGUAUGACCUGCGCUGUAGAAGCUUGACGGUAUAUCGCAUGUAAUUUGCAUUACGGCGCAGUCACUGUUAUAGCUGCAAACCAUCGAGAUAAUGGGACGUAAAGUGACUCUCGCGACCUGCUCGUUGAAUCAGUGGAGUUUGGACUUUGAAGGCAACUUGGAGAGAAUAUUGAAAAAAAUGGCGGAACAUGGAUCAUCUCAAUUUUUGGAAAUGCUAGCAGCGCAGCAGAAUUGCAGCAGAAUAUACCGUCUGUGAUGAACGUUUAACAGCUGAUUUUGGAUUGAUGACAAAGGGAGAGGGAAGAUGGAGGAAGGUUGAAAACAAAAGCACGAGAACCAUAGAACCGUGCUCUAGCCAAGUGCUGUAAAAUAGACAGAGAUUUCAAACACAGUUCUGCAAACACAGCAGAGCUGAAAGUUCAGCAAGCCUCUCAUGGACAAACAGAGUAGUCAAUCAUCCAGGAUGUACCCACAUGCUGGAAUUCAACACUUGAGAUGAUAAUGUGUGUCCAACACAACAAAGAACCACUGAAGGCAACACUGGCCCAGCAGAAGAACAACAUAGCUAUUGCUAACCUCAGCUGAAUAUGACAGGCUAGCAAAGUUGGAAACACAGCUUGAGUCAUGCAGGGUAUGUCACUGAGCUCCUGGGGGGUGACAAUAUGUGUCCUGCUCUGUGGUCCUGCCUGCACUCUGCCACCUCAUGCGUACAAUGGAGAUCUCAGACGUUGACCUUGCUACAAGGCUACAUUCUCAGAGGACCUCACAACACAUGAAAGGAGAACACGAACCUUUCAUGGUUAAAGGUAGCAACAGCUCCAGACCCUCAAUUAAAGGACCCCAGGUGCCUGCCCAAAGCAGGGAGUGGAGAGGUGUGGCAAAAGCUGAGUCAUAUGCCGAAGGACAGAGAAACUGCAUCACAGGCCUGCAGAGAGGAAAUGGAACCAGAGCCACCAAGGAAGAAGAUGGCUCUCCUACUAAUGCUGUCAGUUUCUGGUGAGGAGGCACUUUCCACAGACAAAACUCUGGAGCCCAGUGUCAGCAUAGAUUACGGUGGUGGUCAGCACACACUGGUGCCCAUGGUAGGCUAGCCCAAAAGUAGACUAUGAACUGGUUGACUGGAGUCAUGUCACACAACACGUUUACAUAGUUUCAAGUAAUGUUAUUCAAUUAAGUGUGUGAAAAGGGACUGUUCACUUUGUUUAUUUCAAGACACUUAUCACUUUCAGUUUAUUAUUCAGCUUUCAGCCCACUCAAAGUAAUGUCGAAUUUAUUUGGGUGAAAUGUUAUUUUACAAUUUACAGACAAGCUGUUAUAAUUACUUUGUAGCAGAUGUAUUGUAACUGUUUUUGUGUUUUUGUCUUGUAUUUAAGUUGGCAGGUCAUUAUGGACGUUGUGGGCGAUGCCAAGCACUCCCUCAGACUUUUUAGUCAGUCUAAUGAUGAGGCACUUUAAUUAGUUAAACAUCUGUACAGUUAUAGAGUAGAGCCCAGUGUCAGCUUAGAGGCUACUACAGUGUUUGUUGACACACACACUUGCCCGUGCUGUGCCAAGCUAGUUAAAAGGAAAUGGAAGACUUCAUGACUGGAGUCAUUUGACACAAGUAUAUGAGGAAAAUUUGUGAUGUGCGAUAACUGUUCAAUAUUGCGGUCACAGUUACUUGUAAUAAAUAAACAGAUAUUGAAGUGUGUAGUUUUGCUGUUCACUAUUAGCUUAACGUAACUGCGCUGCAUAUGUGUAAAUCAAACUGCGGUGGACGGGAGACGUUAAAAAUGUAGGUUUUCUACAUGAUAAAAUCUUGUUGAACAGGUGGUGUGAUGAAGGACGGUAAUUGGUUUUUCAAUCGCAAAGGUUGUGAUGACACACACAGAACUACGACUGUAGUAAAAUGUUAACUUCUCACUGGUCUCCACCCCCCGCCUCUGCGCUGUGUGUAUGAGAGGCUUCAGCCCGACACCAAAACGCAAGUUGAAAACCCUGUGUGACUGCAUGACAUGUGUAAUAAAUACAAUUAUUUCUUUCCAAUUUA